AUGGAUCCAGCCUCUGCCAUUGGCGUGGCAUCUGGCAUUCUGGCCUUCAUCACCGUCAGCAUCAAGGUGGUAAAAGCUGGCCGUGAGGUAUACCACUCAAUUGGAGACGGGGGCCAAGAGAAUAUAAGCCGAGAAACGAUCAUCACGGAAAUGACGGAAUUCAUGAACACGUUACCAGCAGCCGGAGACCGCCAACUGGUGCGUGAAGACCAGAGCCUUGCUGAACUAGUUGGAGAAUGUCGCAAGAUAGCAGAAGAACUCCUCAAGAUGCUACAAAAGAUGAAGGCCAAAGAUGACAAAUCAACCUUUUCUAAACUACGAGCGGCCAUUAGACAAGUCUCGUCUCAGUCAGAGCUGGAAGGGUUGGAGAAACGAUUGGACUAUUGCCGUGGGCAGCUUGAACUGCAUCUAAACGCGAAAUACUUCCACCAGACAAAGCACAUUUUGGCCGAUUUGCUGUCACACACACAUGCCAACACAUCCAAGCUCACAGAACUUCAAACCGGCUUUGACCAGCUUAAAGGCGUCGUAGUUGGGUCCCCCAGUGAGGAUGCAAACGAAAAGCUGCGUCAACUGCUCGGUAUUCAUCAGGAAGCUUUGAACAUGUUUUAUCAAGACCAAAUCUUACAAAGUCUCAGAUUCCCUGAUAUGCAUGGGAGAUACGAAAUGCUACAUCCAGCUGAUGAAAGCACUUUUCGAUGGAUUUUAGAAGACAAUCCAAACACAAGCAACCAUGAUGUGCCACCUGAGUACGAUGAGAUGAGACACCAAUCCAGGGAAAAACUUGCCAACUGGCUCUCUUCUUCUGAAGGACUCUUUCAUAUUUCUGGUAAGCUGGGCUCAGGAAAGUCGACUUUGAUGAAGUAUCUGUACCAAAACCAUCGGACCAAGAGUGCGCUCGAAAACUGGGCCGGUAGCAAGCGGCUAGUUCUCGCCAAUUUCUUCUUCUGGAAGCCUGGCUCACCGUUACAAAAGUCUCUUGCAGGUCUCUGUCGAUCUAUACUGCAUAGCCUGCUGCAGUCAUGUCCGGAAUUUAUACCAUCGGCAUUGCCAGAGCAUUGGGAGAAAAUUAAGCGACUUCCAUUGUUCGCUCGACAUGACUUGGAGGUCUCAGCAGACCAGGUGCAAACUGCUUUGCAAAAAUUCAUUGAGGACAAGAGAGUCUAUGCCGAAAACCGCUGCUGUCUCUUCAUUGAUGGCCUGGACGAAUACGACCAGACGCCGCACUGUGAUCACACAGCAAUGGUCAGCUUGCUACAUGCCUGGGUUGCGACUUCCCAUGGUAACCUGAAGGUGUGCACGUCGAGUAGGGAAGACAACGUGUUUAUGAAUGCGUUUACGGAAGAUUGUCGAUUACGGAUUCACGAGCUUACACUCUAUGACAUGAGAGGCUAUGUCCAGGACAAACUAUGCGGUUUGCCUAGCAGUGAGGCUAAAGAAGAUCUAAUUGUCGACAUAUCUGACAAUGCCAAUGGCAUUUUCUUCUGGGUCGCACUUGUAGUGCAAGCCAUGCGUGAGAGCAUUGAGAAUGGAGGAGAUGUCAACGAUCUGAAAGACUUGCUCAACUCUCUUCCGAUAGGGCUAGAGGAAUUAUUUCAUCAUAUACUCACCAAACUUGGCGAACAAAAGCGGAUUAAAGCCCAUGAAACUAUCAUUAUGCUUUCCGCAUUAAAGGCAGGGAAUUACCCCCCGCUAUCGCUGCUUGCAUAUUCUUUUUAUAACGACUACAAAAAAGACCAAAGGUUCGCUUUCCGGGACGAUUUAGUAGCUGGAAAGCACAUCGAUGAGACUCUUUUGAAGACGAGAAUCGAGCUUGCUCGAAAGCAACUGAGGGCUAAUUGUGGAGGAUUGUUGGAAUCGGGUCUGACCCUCGACGUUUUAGAAGGGGGAGCAAGUAUUGAAUACACCCAUCGCUCGGUCCCUGAAUAUUUGGAGAGACUCCGAGUGCAGGAAAGCGCCGCGGCUGUCAGUCACAAAUUCGAUGCUAUUGACGCCGCUUCCAGUCUUCUUGUGGCUCACAUCCGACUCGUGGACUGCUUCGAUCCUGAAGCUGCCACUAGAACCUGUGCUGGGCUAGCCUACCUGCGUAUCACGAACAGAGUGGAUGAGGAGCCUUUCGAAUUUCUUGAAUUCCUGGAUUCUCGGGUAGAUGAAUCAUGCUGGCGCAGAAUGGAACAGGCCGAGGAGAUUAAUUUCUAUCUUUCAGCCACGACAUUUCAGUGCAUACACCACCGAUUCCACAGUGGGACGAGACCCGCCCAGAUUAAAUGCGUCGAAGUGUACUGCCCUCUCUGGCAUGCAUUGCAGCUUGGAUUUGAUGCCUACGUUACUUGGAAGCUGGGAAAACAAGCUGCCAAUAGUCCGUUUAAGAGAAUGCUAUUGGCGCAUGUGGUCCUGUUUCAACCGGAGUCUGUCGCUGUUCCACCCUGGGAUUGUCUGUUUGACAAUGGUGUCUUCUCGGACACGGUGGUGCAAUAUUAUUUCGAAUCGCCAAUUUUGAGUAUAGAUGAUUACCCAGGAGAUUUGGAACGCCUAACAGAAAUGACCGCUUUACAUCAGUUUCUGAUUAACUGUUUUUUUCUUUGGUGCGAAUUCGGCCAAUCCACGGGCCUUGAUUCUAAAAGGGAAGCCGACUGGUUUGGUCAGGUCGUUGAACAGUUCUUAAACCGGGAUACUAGUACCAUUGACUUUGAAGCCUCGGUCAAAACAAAAAAAAAUGCGUGGGAGCAGGCAUUGAUUGCCGAAUUCACUUUCAAGCUCCAAAGGGGGUCUCGGGUCGUUGUCGGCGACGCCAAGGCUGGAAUAGUGGACGGCAUCUCUAUUAAAUGCCCUUCAUGGCUCUUCGAUAUUGUAAAGGGUAGAGACGACAAUUUGACUUGUGAUAGAGAAAUGCAUAUGUCAUUCCGACAGUUUAUCGAGGUAGUCAUGCCAGAUAAUAUGGAUCGACUGCUUUCCUUGCUAGAGAGAAAUGUCAGCCGCCUGGAGCCUACUAUAGAUGAUGAGGUCGAACUCGGGCCUCUACAGAAUGCGUCUGAGAAGGAAAAUGGGCCGUCGAAAGUUACACCAUCUCUGUUUUCUGAGGACGAAACUUGCAUGGAUAUUGAGGCUAGCAGUGCAUAUUGGACAGCUUGGUGCUCUAAGCAUGCUGAUCUUAUCGUUGCCUUUGCAUUAGGUGAGUGA